AUGAGGGCCAAACGUUCUAAGAAGUAUCGCAAGCUUAUGCACCAAUAUGAGCUCGCUUUUGGGUUCCGCGAGGCCUACCAGGUACUGGUGGACUCGAACUUCCUUCGCGCCACAGAUUCAUUUAAGAUGGAUUUGAUUCCUGCACUUGAGCGGACUGUGCAAGGCAAAGUUAAGCCCCUAUUGACGAAAUGUUCACUCGCCGCUAUCAUGGCCGCGCAACCCAUCAACCCGAAAACAGAAAAGCCUUACAGACCGUUGUUCCUCCCCCCGCCAACAGAACUUCCACUCCGCCACUGCACCCACAAUGCGGAGCACACACCAAUCGACGAGAUUGAAUGCCUCCUCUCUCUGCUGUCCCCCAACGCAGACUCAAAGAAGAACAAGGAGCACUACAUCCUCGCGAGUGCAGACCCAAUUCUGAAGAAGCGAAACUCCAACGACGAGCCGCGGAAAUACAAGCGCGAAGACGAGCGCAAAGAAGAAGAGGCCAUGCGCCGUUCUCGAGCUUUGCGUUUUAAAGCCCGCUCCAUCCCCGGUGUGCCUAUCAUCUACGUCAAACGCUCCGUCAUGGUUCUCGAGCCUAUGAGUGGCUCCUCCGAGACGGUCCGUGAUGGCGUGGAACGAGUUAAGUUCCGCGCUGGAUUGGACGCUGAUCCUAUGCUUGGCAAACGCAAGCGCGACGGAGAGGGUGAAGGCGAGGGCGAAGAAUCGGCCGAACCUAAGAAGAAGCGUGGUCCUAAGGUUAAGGGUCCCAACCCGCUUAGUAUGAAGAAGCCCAAGAAGAGAACGGAUGAGUCUGCCCCGACACCGAAGAAGAAGGUCGAUGCGGAUGCUACUGAGCAGCCUGAUGGUGAUGAGUCUGCUGCUAAGCCGAAGCGAAAGCGCCGUCACAAUAAGGGUGCUUGGCAAGAAGAUGAGCAGCCUGUUGAGUCAAAUGAUGCGCCUGCUGCUAUGGAGGUUGAUGCUUGA